AUGAAGAACCCGCGGGAACUUGCUGACCAAUCCAAGUAUUACCGCUUUCACCAGCAAAGCGGACACAAUACUGAGGAGUGCCAUGAACUGAAACGGCAAAUCGAGGAGCUCGUCCGCAGAGGACAACUCGGUCGGUACGUCCGACAGAACAGGGAACCCUCGCCCCAUCCGGAGGGCCCCGUUGAGCGCCACAUCGAUGUCAUCACGAGCGGCCCAGCAUCCGGUUGGAUCAGUAUGUUCGGAAGGAAGGCGUACGCCCGCUCCGCUAUGGCCGAUGCCCCCCGACGCGGCCCCGACCCCGAGGUCGUGUUUCCCCCCGAGGGCACUGAGCGACUAGAGCAUGACGAUGCGCUCGUGAUAAUGGCUCGAAUCGCUAACGCCCAGGUAAGGAGAAUCAUGAUUGACACGAGGAGCUCAGCCGAUGUGCUAUAUCUUGAAGCUUUCCAUAAACUUGGGUUAGCCAAAGAGACCUUGGAGCCUAUCAGCUCGGUGCUCACAGGGUUCACCGGCGACUCGAUCUCACCGUUGGGAACCGUCACCUUGCCCCUGACUCUGGGAGCACCCCCCAGAACAAAGACGGUGAUGUCCACAUUCCUAGUGGUCGAUCUCCCUACGGCAUAUAAUGCCAUCCUCGGCCGCUCCACCCUCAACAAGAUUAGGGCCGUAGUCUCCACCUACCACCACACGGUGAAGUUCCCGACUCAUGCGGAGACAGGGGAGUUCUGGGGGAGCCCUCGUGAGUCCAGAUAG